UAUGGUCGUUAAAAUUCUCUAUUACUAACAGACUCUUAUCAUCAACUACAAAACCCAUACACCAUACAUAACACUACACAUACCUCUAAAAUCUCCAUUAAUGGACACUCUAAACCCCACAAAAUCUUUCUUAAAACCCCAUUUUCUAAAUUCCCAUACAUUCAUCAAAUUCAAUCCUCAAAUUCACAUUCUUUACAACUCAAGAAAAUCUCAUUCUUUAACCAUAUCAUGCAAAGUUAAAAUAUCCAAAGAAAUCAAGAACAGUGACAAGAAUGUCUCAAGAAAGAUUCUCUUGUCAAAUUCAGCUCCGCCUGUGUCGGAGGAGAGCGGUGGUGCUUCUCCCGGCGGAGACGGCCCGGAGGUUUCUAAUAAGGUUGGAAGAAGGGGACCGUUGAGUUUGUUGAAGAGAUUGCCGAGAAGGGUUUUGACUGUUUUGUCUAAUUUGCCUUUGGCUAUUGGUGAAAUGUUUGCUAUUGCUGCGCUUAUGGCUCUAGGUACUGCAAUCGACCAAGGGGAGGCGCCGGAAUAUUAUUUUCAAAAGUUUCCUGAAGAAAAUCCUGUGUUAGGAUUUUUUACUUGGAGGUGGAUUCUCACCCUUGGAUUUGAUCACAUGUUUUCCUCUCCGGUUUUCCUAGGAAUGUUGACUCUUUUGGGACUAUCUCUUAUGGCCUGCACUUACACCACACAAAUCCCCCUGGUUAAGGUUGCAAGGAGGUGGAAGUUCAUGCAUUCGGCUGAGGCCAUCCGUAAGCAGGAAUUUUCAGACACUUUGCCCCGUGCAUCCAUUCAAGAUUUGGGUGUUAUUAUGAUGGGAGCUGGUUACGAGGUGUUCUUGAAAGGACCAACUUUAUACGCCUUUAAGGGGCUGGCCGGUAGGUUUGCACCUAUUGGAGUACACAUAGCUAUGCUGCUGAUAAUGGCAGGGGGAACUCUUAGCGCUGCCGGGAGCUUCAAAGGCUCUGUGAAUGUUCCUCAGGGGUUGAAUUUUGUUGUUGGGGAUGUAUUGAAACCAAGUGGGUUUCUAUCUAAUCCAACUGAAGCUUUCAAUACAGAGGUGCAUGUCAACAAAUUCUACAUGGAAUACUUUGAUAGUGGAGAGGUAUCACAGUUUUAUUCCGAUCUUUCUCUAUUGGACUUUGAGGGGAAGGAGGUGAUGCGGAAAACAAUUAGUGUAAACAAUCCUUUACGCUACGGUGGAUUUACUAUCUAUCAGACAGACUGGAGCUUUUCAGCCCUGCAGAUACUUAAGAAUGAUGAAGGACCUUUUAAUUUGGCUAUGGCACCUCUGAAGAUCAAUGGAGAUAAGAAACUUUUCGGCACCUUCUUACCAGUUGGUGAUGUUGAUUCUCCUAAUGUAAAGGGAAUAUCAAUGCUUGCUCGUGAUCUACAGUCCAUUGUCCUAUAUGAUCAAGAAGGGAAAUUUGUCGGAGUUCGACGACCUAACUCUAAUCUACCUAUUGAAAUAGAUGGAACCAAAAUAGUUAUAGAAGAUGCAAUAGGAAUUACUGGUCUUGACUUGAAGACUGACCCUGGCGUACCUGUUGUAUAUGCUGGAUUUGGUGCUCUAAUGCUCACAACCUGCAUCAGUUACUUGUCUCAUUCUCAGAUAUGGGCCUUACAAGACGGAACUUCCAUGAUUGUUGGAGGUAAGAGCAACCGAGCAAAGGGCGUGUUUCAAGACGAGGUAAAUCGUUUGCUCGAUCAUGUUCCCGAGAUAGUUCAAUCAUCAUCAUCACUUCCCAAUCAAUCUGAUAUCAUCAAUAGCUAAUUGUUGCUAUUAAAAUUUCAAAAUGAAAUUCAUACACAUCCAAGAAUUGUUUGAUUCUUCAGCUACAUGGAUGACAAGAGCAUACCUAAUAUCUCCAUUAAUAUUCAUUUCACCAUAUAACUCAGCAAUUAUGGCUGAACCAUAGAGUAUCUUUCUGAAUGUAUAUAUGUAUAUGUGCUGAAUACACCAUUUUUGUACUAUUUACAAUGGCAGAUAAUUGAAUACAAAUUAUCCUUGUUA